GUUUUCACUUGUGUUUCAUUGUUAUGUUAAUCUUUCUAUGCUGCAGUCUAUGGUUGAGGCUGGUAUUAUAGGUCUCCUUGUUAAUUUGCUACAAAAUGCGGGGUUUGAAAUAAAAAAGGAGGCUGCAUGGGCAAUCAAUGCCACAUCUGGUGGUUCGCAUGAGCAAAUCAAGUACCUCGUUAGUUAAGGUUGUAUCAAACCAUUGUGUGAUCUCCUAAUUUGUCCUGACCCAAGGAUUGUCACAGUUUGUCUUGAAGGGCUUGAAAAUAUUUUGAAGGUUGGGGAAGCUGAGAAGAAUUUGAGCCGAACAUCAGAUAUAAAUCUUUAUGCUCAGUUGAUUGAUGAUGCUGAAGGUUUAGAAAAAAUUGAGAAUCUUCAAAGCCAUGACAAUCAAGAGAUUUAUGAAAAGAUAGUUAAGAUUCUUGAGGCGUACUGGUUGGAAGAAGAUGACGAGACGAUGCCACCUGGUGAUGCACCCCAACGGGGUUUUCAGUUUGGAGGUGGCGAGGUCUCUGUGCCCUCCGGGGGAUUCAUCUUCAACUAA